GGCUGGUCGGCUUUGUCAGUCCCCUCGGCCUCCGCCGCCGCCGCCCCUCUGCCAGAGCUCCGGCGCCACCUCGGGCCGGCGGUCCUCCGCGGGAGGGAGCGAGGCGGCGGGCGGCCGGCUGACCGGGGCGGCAGGGCGGCCGGCGGUCCUGCGCGCUCGGGGACGGCAUCUCCAUGGGGCUGGCCCGCGGCGCCCGUGCGCUCUAAGGUGGACUAGCAAAUUCUGUUUUAUCAGAACAUUUCCACUGCUGCACCUGAGGGCACACGCAUCUUCAGCGGGACUUGGAAUUCCAGAGAAUUGCCUUUGUGAGAAACUGGCAAUAAUUUGUUUAAAUUCCAUCUCUUAGUUUUCCAUUUUGUUACGUUUUGGAGGAACUUCAAGAAACCAUGAACAACUUUAGUAAUGCAGAUUUAGACUGCCAUUUCCUCGAUGAAGGCUUUACUGCCAAGGAUAUUCUGGACCAAAAAAUUAAUGAAGUUUCGUCUUCUGAUGAUAAGGACGCCUUCUAUGUCGCCGACCUGGGAGACAUUUUAAAGAAACAUCUGAGAUGGUUAAAAGCUCUUCCUCGGGUCACCCCCUUUUAUGCAGUCAAAUGCAAUGAUAGCAGAACCAUAGUGAAGACCCUUGCUACCAUUGGGACAGGAUUUGACUGUGCCAGCAAGACCGAGAUACAGUUGGUACAAAGUCUUGGGGUGUCUCCAGAGAGGAUUAUCUAUGCAAAUCCUUGUAAACAAGUGUCUCAGAUUAAGUACGCUGCCAAUAAUGGAGUCCAGAUGAUGACUUUUGAUAGUGAAGUUGAAUUGAUGAAAGUUGCCAGGGCACAUCCAAAGGCAAAGUUGGUUUUGCGGAUUGCCACCGAUGAUUCCAAAGCAGUCUGUCGCCUCAGUGUUAAAUUUGGUGCCACACUCAAAAUCAGCAGGCUUCUUUUGGAACGGGCGAGAGAGCUAAAUAUUGAUGUCAUUGGUGUCAGCUUCCACGUGGGAAGUGGCUGCACGGAUCCUGAGACCUUUGUGCAAGCCAUCUCUGAUGCCCGCUGUGUCUUUGACAUGGGAGCUGAGGUUGGUUUCAACAUGUAUCUGCUUGAUAUCGGUGGUGGCUUUCCUGGAUCUGAGGAUGUAAAGCUUAAAUUUGAAGAGAUCACCAGUGUGAUCAACCCAGCCCUGGACAAGUACUUCCCGGCCGACUCGGGGGUGCGAAUCAUAGCGGAGCCCGGCAGAUACUACGUUGCUUCAGCCUUCACGCUCGCUGUUAACAUCAUUGCCAAAAAACUCGUAUUAAAGGAACAGACAGGUUCUGAUGAUGAAGAUGAGUCGAGUGAACAAACCUUUAUGUAUUACGUGAACGAUGGAGUGUAUGGAUCGUUCAAUUGCAUCCUCUAUGAUCAUGCCCACGUGAAGCCCCUCCUGCAGAAGAGACCCAAACCAGAUGAGAAGUACUAUUCAACCAGCAUAUGGGGACCAACAUGUGACGGCCUGGAUCGCAUUGUCGAGCGCUGCGACUUGCCCGAGAUGCACGUGGGCGAUUGGAUGGUCUUUGAAAACAUGGGUGCUUACACGGUUGCUGCUGCUUCUACUUUCAAUGGGUUCCAGAGGCCGACUAUCUACUAUGUGAUGUCGGGGCCGACAUGGCAACUGAUGCAGCAGAUCCAGAACCAUGACUUCCCGGCCGAAGUGGCGGAGCAGGACGUCAGCACCCUGCCUGUGUCCUGUGCCUGGGAGAGCGGGCUGAAGCGCCCCCCGGCCACCUGUGCCUCCGCCAGCAUCAACGUGUAGGUGCCACUCCUGUAGCUGUUACCUUCGAGUUUAGCUUGAAUUGGGGGACUUGGGGGGACCGUUUAACUUAAUUCUUGCUAGUUUUGAAAUGUCUGUAAGUAGGGUUGGCACGGAUGCAACAGUAUGGAAGACUAGGAGAUGGGGUCACUUAUCUGUGUUCCUAUGGAAACUAUUUGAAUAUUUGUUUUAUAUGGAUUUUUAUUCAGUUUUCAAACAUGCUAUUAAGGCGUGCCCCCCUGCUGCUGAGCAAGCGUUUGUAGCUUGAACACUGGCAGGGCGGGCCGGAAGCUUAGUGUUGUGACCUGUUUUAAAAAUAAAGUAUCUUGAAAUAAUGA